UCUUGAAGCUGUAGUUGUGCUUAUGGCAUAGAUUCUUUUCCAUUCUGUAAAAACUAGAACUCUCUUUAGGGAAAAUGGACGGAUGAAUUGUGAUUUUGCUGGUUUUUUCUUUUGAUUCUCUUCUUUCCGCGGUUGAAAAGAUUGCAUGCUUUUGUUUUCCAUUUGCUUUACAUUCCUUUUCAUUGAUACCCUCCAUAUUUCUUUAUCAGUUUCUAGGUGGUGGUAGUAGGCACAAUUUGCAGCUGUUUCUCACAUACUUGGUAAUUUUUGCAUAUUCACAUGUUUUAUUCGAGUGGCCUUUCAAAAGUAUAGUGAAGGCUGUGUUUCAUUUCUGAAGGCAGAUAUGAGUUACAUGAAUCCUUCUAUGGGCUCUGGAAGUCGAACGGCUAGGAGGACUCUGGAGUUUGGGAGGACAUAUGUGGUGAGGCCUAAAGGAAAACACCAGGCUACAAUAAUUUGGCUGCACGGCCUUGGUGAUAAUGGCUCAAGUUCUUCUCAACUCUUGGAAAGCCUAUCUACUCCUAAUAUCAAAUGGAUAUGUCCAACGGCUCCUACUCGUCCUGUGGCUAUGCUUGGUGGUUUUCCUUGCACUGCAUGGUUUGAUGCGGGAGAACUUUCUGAUGACACUACUGAUGAUCUUGAAGGCUUAGAGGCUUCAGUUGCACAUAUCGCGAACUUACUGUCAACUGAACCAGCUGACGUUAAACUUGGUAUUGGAGGCUUCAGCAUGGGUGCUGCUACCGCACUCUACUCAGCAA